AUGCAUGAGAACGUCUCUGAUGUCUUUCUAAUGGGAUUUCCAAAUCUUCACAGCUUUAAAAGUUUGUUGUUCUUAUUUCUGCUCCCUAUUUACUGUGUCACAAUAUGCGGUAAUAUUAUCAUUAUAACUUUAGUUUCAGUGAGCAACAACCUUCACUCUCCAAUGUAUUUCUUCAUCACACAAGUGUCUGUACUGGACAUUCUAAUGACAACGGACAUUCUUCCUAACUUGCUUCACAUUGUCCUGCAUGAUGGUGGCUUAUUGUCUCUUGCUGCCUGUUUAUCACAGCUGUAUGUGGUUGAUAAUACAGUGUCAUCAGAGUGUCUCAUCCUAGCGCUGAUGUCUUAUGACCGAUAUCUGGCUAUAUGUAACCCAUUGCGAUAUAACACUAUAAUCAACAAAGCAUUUUGUGUGAAAUCUGUCAUUGCAUCAUGGUCAUUAGGUAUCUUAUUGAUUACAAUAAAUGAAAUAGAUAUAUUCAAAUUAGACUUUUGUGGACCACAUGUUAUUGACCAUAUCUUCUGUGAUUUUCAUCCCGUCAUUGAGCUUUCUUGUUCAGAUACAUCACUUAUAAAACUCAGGGGAUCUUUAUUUGGCAUUAUUAUUGUCAUCUGUCCAUUCAUAAUGAUCAUUGUUUCUUAUGUGUUCAUCAUCACCACCAUCCUAAACAUCCGCUCCAUCAGUGGGAAACAGAAAGCCUUCUCCACCUGCAGCUCCCACCUGACUGUUGUGUGCAUGUUUUUUGGGACUCUCUUUUCUGUGUAUAUGGUUCCAACCAAAGGACAAUUACUGGAUGCCAGCAAGGCAUUAUCGUUGCUUUAUACUGUGGUGACCCCAUUGCUUAAUCCAUUCAUAUACAGUCUGCGGAAUAAAGACUUUAAGGAAGCUUUUGAAAAAUUAAAAUAUAAAUGUCAUCUUUUUUUUAAUAAAUCAGGUACAUUUAAUGAUAAAUAA